AUGGUGGGCGAGGACCCCAGCCAGGCCCUGCCGGUCAUCUUUGGCAAGUCCAGCUGCAGCGAGUUUGUGCGCGAGGCCUUCACCCCGGUCAUCUACCACAACAAGUGCGUGGGCAGCUUCCCGGGCUCCGGCAGGUCCCCCGAGUUUUAUGAAGAGUUCAAGCUGCGUCUUCCAGCCUGUGUGACCGACAACCACCAUCUGCUCUUCACCUUCUACCACAUCAGCUGCCAGCCACGGCCCGGCACGGCCCUGGAGACACCCGUGGGCUUCACCUGGAUACCCCUGCUGCAGCACGGCCGCCUGAGGACUGGCCCCUUCUGCCUGCCCGUGUCCGUGGACCGGCCCCCACCCAGCUACUCCAUGCUGACCCCCGACCUGGCUGGCGAGCUCUGGCUGCCAGUGUGUCGCAAUGUCUGGGCCUGGUGGUGUGACCAGCAGCUGGUGGCGCUGCCGGGCAUGCGCUGGGUGGAUGGUCACAAGGGCGUAUUCAGUGUGGCGCUCACAGCUGUGUCAUCUGUGCACCCCCAGGACCCGCAUCUGGAUAAGUUCUUCACGCUGGUGCACGUCCUGGAGGAGGGGACCUUCCCGUUCCGCCUCAAGGAUGCCGUCCUGAGCGAGGGCACGGUGGAGCAGGAGCUGCGUGCCAGCCUCACUGCUCUGCGCCUGGCCAGCCCCGAGCCCCUGGUAGCCUUCUCCCACCACGUGCUGGACAAGCUGGUGCAGCUGGUCGUGCGGCCUCCCAUCAUCGGCGGCCAGAUCGUGAACCUGGGCCGAGGCGCGUUUGAAGCGAUGGCCCAUGUGGUCAGCCUUGUCCACCGGAGCCUAGAGACUGCCCAGGACGCCCGAGGUCACUGCCCACUGCUGGCUGCCUAUGUCCACUAUGCCUUCCGCCUGCCUGGCACCGAGCCCGGCUCCCUGAGCGGGACCCCUCCAGUGACUGUACAGCCCGCCACCCUGGCUCGUGGCUCUGGCCGCCCCUCGAGUCUCUACCUGGCCCGCUCAAAGAGCAUCAGCAGCAGCAACCCCGACCUGGCCGGUGCCCCUGGCUCUGUGGACGACGAGGUCUCCCGCAUCCUGGCCAGCAAGGGCAUCGACCGCUCGCACUCCUGGGUGAACUCUGCUUACGCUCCAGGGGGCAGCAAGGCCGUGCUGCGGCGGGCGCCCCCUUAUUGUGGGACCGACCCCAGACAGGCCAUCGACCGCAAUGCUAGCCGCACCUCCUCCUACCUCGAGGGCGCCACCUCGGCCCCGUCCACCUCCCAGCCAAGACUCACUGGGCACAAGCUGCUGCACGAGGAGCUGGCCCUGCAGUGGGUGGUCAGUGGCAGCACAGUGCGGGAGACUGUCCUGCAGCACGCCUGGUUCUUCUUCCAGCUCAUGGUGAAGAGCAUGGCGCUGCACCUGCUUCUCGGCCAGCGACUGGACACACCUCGUCGGCUGCGCUUCCCCAGCCACUUCCUGGAUGACAUCACUUCUCUGGUGACCUCUGUGGGAAUGGAGGUGAUCACGCGAUGCCACAAGGAUGCAGAGCUGGCCGAGCACCUGAACACCAGUCUUGCCUUCUUCCUCAGUGACCUCCUGUCCCUGACUGACCGCGGGUUCGUCUUCAUGCUGGUCCGGGCCCACUACAAGCAGGUGGCCACACGGCUUCAGUCGGCCCCCAACCCGGCGGCGCUGCUGAGCCUGCGCAUGGAUUUCACCCGCGUCCUGUGCAGCCACGAGCACUACGUGACCCUCAACCUCCCCUGCUGUCCCCUGUCGCCCCCGGCCUCACCCUCACCCUCCGUAUCCUCCACCACUUCCCAGAGCUCUGCCUUCUCCAGUCAGGCCCCUGACCCCAAGGUGACCAGCAUGUUUGAGCUGAGCGGGCCAUUCCGCCAGCAGCACUUCCUGGCUGGCCUCUUGCUGACAGAGCUGGCACUGGCCCUUGAACCAGAGGCCGAGGGAGCAUCCCUGCUCCACAAGAAGGCCAUCAGUGCCGUCCACAGCCUGCUCUGCAGCCACGACGCUGACCCCCGCUACGCAGAUGCCACUGUGAAGGCCCGUGUGGCCGAGCUGUACCUGCCACUGCUCUCCCUCUCACGGGACACACUGCCACGGCUGCACGACUUUGCUGAGGGCCCAGGUCAGCGGUCAAGGCUGGCUUCCAUGCUCGACUCAGACACAGAAGGGGAAGGGGACACUGGAGGCACCAUCAACCCCUCUGUGGCCAUGGCCAUCGCGGGUGGGCCGCUGGCCCCUGGCUCCCGGGCCAGCAUCUCUCAGGGGCCACCAACAGCUUCUCGCUCAGGCAGCACUCUCUCUGCGGAGUCCAGCCGGACCCUGCUGGUGUGUGUCCUCUGGGUGCUGAAAAAUGCAGAGCCAGCCCUGCUGCAUCGCUGGGCCGCAGACCUGGCCCUCCCGCAGCUCGGUGGCCUCUUGGACUUGCUGCACCUGUGCCUGGCUGCCUUUGGGCACAAGGGGAAAAAGGCCUUCGAGCGCAUCAACAGCCUGACCUUCAAGAAGUCACUGGACAUGAAGGCUCGCCUAGAGGAAGCCAUUUUGGGGACCAUCGGAGCGCGACAGGAGAUGGUUCGGCGGAGUCGUGAGAGAAGCCCAUAUGGGAACCAGGAAAACGUCCGCUGGCGGAAAAGCAUCACACACUGGAGGCAGACCUCGGACCGCGUGGACAAGACCAAAGAUGAAAUGGAACAUGAGGCCUUGGUAGAUGGGAACCUGGCGACGGAGGCGAGUCUGGUGGUUCUGGACACCCUGGAGAUCAUUGUGCAGACAGUGAUGCUGUCAGAGGCCCGGGAGAGCGUCUUGGGGGCGGUGUUGAAGGUCGUGUUGUUCAGUCUGGGCAGUGCGCAGAGUGCCCUCUUCCUGCAGCAUGGCCUGGCCACCCAGCGGGCCCUGGUGUCCAAGGAUGGGGAGGGACUGACCGGUGUCUGCUUGGCUCCCGGGCAGUUCCCAGAGCUGCUGUUUGAGGAGGACACGGAGCUGUGCGCUGACCUCUGCCUGCGGCUCCUGCGUCACUGUGGCAGCCGCAUCAGCGCCGUCCGCACGCAUGCCAGCGCCUCCCUGUACCUCCUCAUGCGCCAGAACUUCGAGAUCGGCAACAACUUUGCCCGAGUGAAGAUGCAGGUGACCAUGUCGCUCUCGUCUCUGGUGGGGACCACGCAGAACUUCAGUGAGGAGCACCUGCGGCGGUCACUCAAGACCAUGCUCACCUACGCCGAGGAGGACGUGGGGCUGCGGGACAGCACCUUCGCCGAGCAGGUGCAGGACCUGAUGUUCAACCUGCACAUGAUCCUGACGGACACGGUGAAGAUGAAGGAGCACCAGGAGGACCCUGAGAUGCUCAUCGACCUCAUGUACAGGAUCGCCCGGGGCUACCAGGGCUCCCCAGACCUGCGGCUGACGUGGCUGCAGAACAUGGCAGGCAAGCACGCGGAGCUGGGCAACCACGCCGAGGCCGCCCAGUGCAUGGUGCACGCGGCCGCCCUGGUGGCCGAGUACCUCGCCCUGCUCGAGGACAGCCGCCACCUGCCCGUGGGCUGCGUCUCCUUCCAGAACAUCUCGUCCAACGUGCUGGAGGAGUCGGCCAUCUCCGACGACAUCCUGUCGCCCGACGAGGAGGGCUUCUGCACGGGGAAGCACUUCACGGAGCUGGGACUGGUGGGGCUGCUGGAGCAGGCGGCCGCGUACUUCACCAUGGGUGGGCUCUACGAGGCGGUGAAUGAGGUCUACAAGACCCUCAUCCCCAUCCUGGAAGCCCACCGUGAUUACAAGAAGCUGGCUGCCGUGCACGGCAAACUGCAGGAGGCCUUCACCAAGAUCAUGCAGCAGAGCUCCGGCUGGGAGCCCCAGCGAGUGUUCGGGACAUACUUCCGUGUGGGCUUCUACGGCGCCCGCUUUGGGGACCUGGAUGAACAAGAGUUUGUGUACAAGGAGCCAUCCAUCACGAAGCUGGCCGAGAUUUCCCACCGGCUAGAGGAGUUCUACACGGAGCGCUUUGGGGAAGACGUGGUUGAGAUUGUCAAAGACUCAAAUCCCGUGGACAAAUCCAAGCUCGAGCCACAGAAGGCCUACAUCCAGAUCACCUACGUGGAGCCCUACUUCGACACCUACGAGCUCAAGGACCGCGUCACCUACUUCGACCGCAACUACGGGCUGCGCACCUUCCUGUUCUGCACGCCUUUCACGCCGGACGGGCGUGCACACGGGGAGCUGCCGGAGCAGCACAAGCGCAAGACGCUGCUGAGCACGGCCCACGCCUUCCCCUACAUCAAGACGCGCAUCCGCGUGUGCCACCGCGAGGAGACAGUGCUGACCCCAGUGGAGGUGGCCAUCGAGGACAUGCAGAAGAAGACACGGGAGCUGGCCUUUGCCACCGAGCAGGAUCCACCAGAUGCCAAGAUGCUGCAGAUGGUGUUGCAGGGCUCCGUGGGGCCCACCGUGAACCAGGGUCCCCUGGAGGUGGCCCAAGUGUUUCUGGCUGAGAUUCCAGAAGACCGCAAGCUCUUCAGACAUCACAACAAGCUGCGGCUUUGUUUCAAGGACUUCUGCAAGAAGUGCGAGGACGCACUUCGGAAGAACAAGACCUUGAUCGGGUCGGACCAGAAGGAGUACCAUCGGGAGAUGGAGCGUAACUACUGCCGCCUGCGGGAGGCGCUGCAGCCCCUGCUCACCCAGCGUCUGCCCCAGCUGCUGACACCCGCCACACCUAGCCUCAGGAACUCCCUGAACAGAUCGAGUUUCCGUAAAGCUGACUUCUGA